UCAAAAUGUUGUUUUUAUUAGCAGAAAAUGAGAAAUGGUCAAAAUGACAAGAUGCAACGCUUUCAGACCUCAGAUAAUACAAAGAAAACAAGUUGAUUUAGAAACAACAACACUGAUGUUUUAACUCAGGUCAGAAACCAACAUUUGGUGGAAACACCAGGAGGUUUUCAGUGCAGCGGCCUCUUCAUGUGUCCAGAGCUGAAGGUUUAUGUCUGCUUACGUUGUUCCUUAUCUUCCCCAACUCAGUCUAGGGUUGGUACUGCCCACAUAUAGUGAGAACCAUGUCAAGGCCAACCUAAGUGACCAGAUCCUCCAGGUGCAGUUCUCAUACAUCAAGGAUUUUGAAUCUCUGCUGCCAAACAGUUUUGAGUCUGAAGGACAUGUAUUCAUUGCUCCCAGGGAGUACUGCAAUGAUCUCGAACUUUCCAACAACAACACCGAGUUCCUGCUCAACUUCAUUGCCCUGAUGGAGAAAGUGACGCCAGACUCCAAGCAGUGUGACAGUUUGCUCCUUCACAACUUGAUUCUGGACACCGGCAUCAUCCGGCAGCUGGUCGAGAAAGUGUGGAAGAAUAAAGACUUAAACACAUACGGCUUCCUGGCUGUGUUCGCUGCAACAGAUGGAGGCAUAACAAGAGUCUUUCCAAACAAAGCUGCAGAAACCUGGGAGGAAGACCCAGAGCCGUUUAACGCCAGCUAUUACCGCCGUAGCCUUGACAACAAGGGUUACAUCUUCACAGCACCGUAUCGAUCAGCUGGGGCCGAUCUGCUGAACCCAGAAAACGACACAGUGGGAAUUUUGGUCAGCACGGCUCUGGAUAUCACAAUAGGAGGGAAGACGGUCAAACCUGCAGUUCUUGGAGUAAAGUUAGACCUGGAAGCAUGGACCGAUAAAUUCAAGAUUCUUGCCAGCAACCACACAGACAGCCGUCAAGGCUCAAAUACGUGUGGACCAAACAGAGGUUGUGAGAUGGACUGUGAAGCCAAUAGUGAUGAUCUCCUGUGCUAUUUAAUUGAUGACGGCGGAUUCCUAAUCAUGUCAAAUCAGAAGGACGACUGGAGCGAGGUGGGCAAAUUUCUUGGUGUCGUUGACCCAAACUUGAUGUACGCUCUCUACAACAACUCCUUCUACAAGCGCAAGCAAUCGUUUGAUUAUCAGUCUGUGUGUGAACGACUACAAAGCAGCGAAGCAGGAGCAGCAAGGCGAGGAGUGUUUGUGCCUACGAUUGCAGACUUUGUUAACCUGGCAUGGUGGACGUCAGCUGCUGCAUGGUCCUUGUUCCAACAGUUUUUAUACGGUUUGGCUUAUCACAGCUGGUUUGUCACAGACGAGGUGGAAGCAGAAGUAAUAGAGUCAAAAGAGAGGAGCUGCGUGAUGAUCCAAACCCAGUACUACUUCAGUAACCUCAGCAACUCCUACAACAUCCUCCAAGACUGCGGAAACUGUUCCAGGCUGAUUCAUGCCAAAAGGAUAAACAACACCAACUUGCUGUUUGUGGUAGCAGAAAAGCUGCCGUGCAGCUCCUGCGAGAUAGAAGAUCUUUCCCAGGACAAGGAGGAGUUCAAGGAGGAAAAUCCGUGUGAAGAAAUGACGACUGCACGGUAUCGAAAAGGACCUUCCACCUGCUUCGACAGCAACGUAGCUGAGAACACGUCAGACUGUGGAAGAGGUCACUCCUUCCGUCCGCCUCUCUACACCCUCCUGCUCAUUCAGCUGCUGCUGCUUUAUCCAGCUCUCAGCCCCCAUCAUCACUCUCUGUUACAUUAACUUCAUUCUCCUCAUCCUUGCUCCCUUCCCUUAAAAAAAAAAAACAAAAAAACCCUUCGUCCCUCCCGACUCUUCGCCUCCAUACCUGCGCCCUGAUGUUGUUUUAGUCAUAGAUAAUUGCGGGACCUCCAGAAGCCCCGAGUGCGGCGCCGUCCGGCUUGGACGCUGGUCGUUUGUGUCCUCAGCCCGACCGACCCACAUCUGCAAGCUGAGCUGUCGUCAAAGCACCCCAGAAAAGAGAAAACAACCCCCAUGUUCUCCAAACGUUCUCCACCUUCAUCUAGAUAAGAGAGAGACACAGACUGGAGAUUUGAGGCUGACUGUCCGCCCUCCUCCGACGACGGCCGGACUUCUUCUUCUCCUUCAUCUCAGAGUCUCACCAUCUGCCUCUCGUAAGGCUGUGGACCCUCCAGCCAGCUAUACCACCAUAGACGAUAAUAAUAAUAAGAAGAAGAAAAAGAAAAAAACUCAACAAGUAUUCAAAAUGUCAAGUAUUACCUGCUGAAGUGAUGAGUAUUUCAAACAUGCCGUAUGCUUAGGAUUUAAUUUGAAAAGAAAGUUAAGUGUUAACCUAAAACGCGCUAUAUCUACUUGCCAAAAUGAGAUAUACUUUCACGUGGUCUUAUUUUUGUAGCCAAAAACACAAAGAGGAAACCAGAUUUAGAUUUGCAGCAGCUGAAUUCUGACUCAUUUUGUGCAGCUCUAAUUAGCAGAUUAUUGUUUUUGUUUUUUAAAGAAGCAAAAGAGAUCCACUGGGGAGGGUUGUUGUAAUUACACGAUGGAGUACCAGGCUUUUCUUGAAGUGUUUAUUAUAGUUUAUCAGUGCUAGUGCUUUCUGGCCCCGGCUGUAAAAUCUGAAUCAGCAUUCGGUUGCUGCUGGAACAUUGUUGAUGUCGUGUGGUAUUACUCUCUUUUACGAUCAAUCGAACCAUUCUGACCUCGGGGGAAAAAAAAGAAGAAGAAAAAAACUCACCUCUUAAAGAAAAAGUACUUCACCAACCAAUCACAGUUGUCGUGUGUGUGUGCUUUACUCGUGUCAAAAUCAGAGCCUGUCUUUGGGACGGGCCGAUCAUGUCUAAUUUUACCUUUGACUGACACUGUUUAAUCUUUAAAACCAUCCGCUGCUGGUGGGGGAUAGGGGCUUAUUUUUAUUUUCCAUCUAUUGCGCAGUAGGGGCCACUAAAUAUGGUGAUCACGUACAGUAGUAGUCACAGUUUGUCCUUUAGCCAUUGCAAUGUAUGGAUUUUCUUUAUAAUAAUAUUUUUUUUUUCUUUCAGACUCCCGCGUUUAGGAGCUGUUUCAUAGUGCCUUUACGCACUUUGUUUUGGCUGUAUAAGAGUGAAGCUACUGUAUAGUACCUUUAAGAAGCGGCCAUGUUUGAGGCUUGGGACGCUGCAGGAGACUCAAUCUGUCGGCUGACGCUGUAGAACUAGCUUUACUGAGCCGCAGCGCUGACCGGCUCCGCUUAACGUCCUUUUCCCCCCUCCAGAGCCUCCUGUCCGCCGUCACACGGGGAUUACUAUACAGUUCCUUUACAAAACCAUGUAUAGAGCUAUGAUACACUAUUGAUAUACAGCGCGUUAACUGGCCAUAGUGUGUUCUUAGGGCCACCUGACUGCUAUCGUUCUGCCUGGUUAGUGUGUUUGUGGAUGUGUGCGUAUGUGCGUUUGUUUUAAAAGCCCUCGAAAGGAUCUUCGGUUCGGUGAGCGGGUUUUGGGGGCGGGGGGCGGGGGUAAUAUUUGAGCUAGAGCAGCUGUUUCUUACUGUUUUUGUGUGGCAGCAGGCAAAAUCUAGUGUUGUGGUGGAGAAACAAACUAAAAGAUCCACCCGUUACGUUCCGGUCGCGAGUUUACAUGAAGUCGCAGAGCUUCGUCUGCAUAUCAGAUUUGGUAUCGAUGGAUUUGAAUCGUUCUUAUAGGGCUGGACAAUAAACCGAUGACAAUGUAAGUCGUAAUAAACACGUGAUCAGUACCAAUAGAUGAUACGUCUGAUGGGAUUUCACUGAACUCUGGUCUAGAACCGCACAGCAUUCUGGGAAUUUAAGCAGAGGAUCAGUUUUAGCCCCUCAACCUCUCAAGGACAGCUAAGAAGGAUGUGCGGCAUUUAGUAACUCGCUCGCUCUUUGGUUACCUAGCAACAACUUGAGAACUUCUGGUUACCUAGCAACUUGCGGAGCAACAGUUUCAGGUUCCUGCUCAGAACAGGAACUGUCACGCCACCAGUUUGGUAGUAUUUCAUAUAUUUAAAACAAAAUCUAAUCAAACAUUAUUGAUAUCAAUUGAUAUGAAACUCUCAUAUUGUUUUUUCAGCCAUAUCAUUCAGCCCUACAUUCUGAGAAUAAUUACAUAUCACCUCUGUGAUUUUGGAUGAACAAUAAUUCAGUCUCAAAUGUAUUAUUUGGUUACAUUUAAUAGUUGGAUAAACAUAUUUUGCACAUACAUUUUGCAUAAUUCUGGCUAGAAAUGGACUUCUCUUCAUGGCAUUGUUGGUAGGAUUUAAUCAAGCUGACUGGUUUUCUGAUACAAACGUGGCUUUUAAACAUGAUCCGUUAUGUCCCAAAGUCAAUCAGUCAUCAAUUAUUGACUUAAAACAAGCUCCUACAUCUUGCUGAAAUGUCACUUGUCUUCAAGAGCACGGAGGCAUUUACACUUGAACCAAGUCACAAGUACUUGGCAGGAUUUGGUGUUUUUUGUAGUGUGCAACAAUUAUGAAGAGGGACUACCUCAAAAUUACUCGACUUCAGUAGAAAUCAACAUCUAAGUGACUGAGGAAUUUGAAACAGGUGGAAGUCCCAACAAGACAAAAAUCCCAAAUGAGAACCAGAUUUUCAAUGGAUAAAGCUGGCUAACAAUACAUUUCUGAAAUUACACUGACUUUAAAAUGUGUGAUCUAUGCUUCUAUCUAACAGUUUAUAAUGAGCUCUACCAAUCCUGCCAAGAGGAAAGGUCAAACAUCCAACCAGGGAUGGAAGGAACUAGAACUAGAAAAUAUCCAACGUAAACUGACAUGUUUAACAAUCACAACGUUUUCCAGCAA